ACUGUGAGCGCUUGUGCUUAUGCUUGCAUCAAAAGAAUAACACGUGUACAUCGUGGUCCAAAGUAGAAGUCUUUCUCGUACGCCAAGUUGAAUGAUGGCGUUCAGAAAAAGUUUAAUUUGCUUACUGUUAGCCAUCUCCGUGUGCAGUGUGCUGUCCCAAAACGAUCCAACCUGCAAGACACCAACUAACAAAGCAGGAUACUGUGUGGCAAUCGAGCGUUGUCGGAACAUCUACGCCACCAUUAUGUCUCCAUCACCACCUGAAAUAAAGCAUCUGAACUACAUAAAACGUGCCAACUGCUCCCGAGACGGUGUAGCACGAAGAGUGUGCUGCGUACCAACAGAAAUUGUUCAAUUGCCCGAGGACUGCGGCACGACAUCAUACUCAAAGCUAGCGUGGGCAAAUGAAACCGAGCCAUUCCAGUACCCGUGGAUGGUGGUGCUUCAGUAUUGGCAAUAUGGUAUGAUAGUGGAUCUAUGCGGAGGAUCGUUGAUCAACAAUCGCUACGUAUUGACGGCCGCGCACUGUGUUCAAACAGAGUUUCAUACAAAGCUAUUUCGAGUUCGGCUUGGCGAACAGGACAAAAGUAAGCCAAUUGAUUGCAUUGUGUAUAGCAAUGGAGAAAAAUCUUGCGCAGAUCCACCGGUGCAUGUGGUAAUCGAGUCAAUGGUCGUGCAUCGUGCGUAUAGAAAGUAUAGUGUUUUGCAUGACAUAGCAUUGAUUCGAAUGGUACACGACGUCGCAUUCACUGAUUCUAUCAAACCUAUUUGUCUACCACUGCCACAAGAUGUCCGAAAUUUAGAUCUACCAAGGUACAUUGUGGCCGGUUGGGGUAUGACUGAGAACCAAACGUCUUCCAAUGUUUUGCUGCAGGCAUUGAUGGAUGUGGUAACAGUACCGGAAUGCAAUCGAAGAUUGGCGGAACACGGUUUCUCGGGAUAUCUUUCGGAGGAAUAUCAUAUGUGUGCUGGUGGAAAGAACCUAACCGACUCUUGCAGAGGCGAUUCGGGAGGACCAUUGGCUUUCUACGUACCAAAUGUGGGGGCUCGAUUCGUCCAGUAUGGAAUUGUGUCGGCCGGUGUGCCCUCUUGUGGGAAAGUGAGUGCCCCGGGAAUUUAUGUUCGUGUGUCGAGCUAUAUGGAUUGGAUAAUUAGAAAUAUGCGCCGGUAGUGGAGUGGAUGGCCAGGUUACGAAAAAUACAUGUUUUCUACCACUCCAACAUAAUGAAAUAUAUUUUAAUAAUACCCCUCAUCACGCGCUAAAACU